AAGAGUGUUACACCAUGAAUGUGCAAGUUAAGUGUGCGCUUAUGUGCGCAGUGUAUAUGAUAUGCGUAUUUAAAUCGUGUGAAGCUCGAUCAAAACGAAUUCGACCUGUGAUCCACAAAUCAUUACUUGUUGUUGACGAACAAGGAACCGAAGUAAUCACUGAUGCGUCCGAGUUGACCGAGAAUGCCAUGACCAAGUCUCGCAAAAGGAUUUUUAUGGACGACCACCAUUUUGUCAAGCGGGUGGCAUUAGUUGAGUCUUCCCUGAACAAAACAUCGAAGGAAGGCGGGCUGUGGAACGUAGACGAAUGCGCUUUUAAAUCGACGCAAAACAAGCGGAGGGAAAACAAGCAGCUGGCUACGCUUCACAAGAACAUACGCCGAACAUUUGGUGUGACUUGGUCCAAGAUUAAAUACAGAGAUUUGCGGAGACCCCUUUACUCCGUUUUGGCCGCCAGAAUUAUCCUGGAAAUGGCUGUACCAUCCAUUCCUCGUGGUUUGAGGAAUCAAGCCAGGCUUUGGCUGGAGACCUACCAUGAAUGCGAAGGAAAACACAGUCACCCACAAGUAUGGGAAGACACCAAGGGCAAAUUUAUACGAGUUGUGAAGAAUUCUUGUGCCAGUAGCUUUCUAAAGUGUGAACACGUCUGCCGCGAGUCAAGCAAGGGUAGAGCGAAAUGUGAAUGCCAAUAUGGCUACACCCUGCAAAGUGACGGCGUGUCUUGUUCAGACGGAGCUUCUCGCUCUCCAAGUGGGACCAAGGCUCCCUCUCCCGAACUGGCUGAAACCGGAUGUGGAAAUGGGCUUAAGUGUGAUCAUAAGUGUAUCGAAGUUGACGGUGUCCCUCAGUGCGCAUGUCAGGAUGGUUACCAGCUGCACAUGAAUGGUUUCACCUGUGAUGAUAUUGACGAGUGCCGGCAUUCGCCAUGUUCGCAGCUGUGUAAAAAUACCCCGGGCUCAUUUUCCUGUUCGUGCAGGGCAGGAUUCAAGAUUCAGUCAGACAAGGUUACAUGUGAAGAAGAGAAGACCAAGUGUUCGAUAAAUGAUAUCGCUUGUAUUCAGAGGUGUACCGAGUUUGGAAACUGCUCCUGUCCACCAGGUACCGCCAUGGGUCCAGAUGGCCAAACAUGUAUCGAGGUGAAUGAGUGCAGCUUAUUUAAAGGUGUUUGUCAUCAGAACUGUAUCAACACGCCCAGAGGGUACCGCUGCACAUGUUCCAAGGGAUAUGAAUUAAAUGUGAAUGGAAUUUCCUGUUCAGAUAUCGACGAAUGCGCACGAGGUAUCCAUAGCUGCCACCAUAAUUGUCGUAAUGUUCCUGGAUCUUAUUUCUGUUCAUGUAGCAAAGGAUUCCAGCUCAGCGAUGACUUGAAGUCAUGUGUUGAUAUAAAUGAGUGCGCAUUGUACCCUGGGAUAUGCCCCCUUCCCUCCCGAUGCCGCAAUACUAUUGGAGGCCACACUUGUGAUUGUCCCAAGGGAUUUGUUAAUCACAGACACAAGAUCUGCAUCGACGAGGACGAAUGCGCAAACUCCAAUGGCGGUUGUGACCAAGUGUGUCAGAACUACCCAGGAAGUUACCGCUGCUCCUGCAAGUAUGGGUUUAUGUUACAGUCUGACAGGAAAUCCUGCAAAGAUAUUGACGAAUGUUCCAGAUAUUCAUUCCUUUGUCAGCAUAAAUGUGUAAACACGCCAGGAAGCUACAAAUGUACGUGUCCCUCUGGUCUGCGGCAACACUUAAACGGCUUUAUGUGUUUGUAGAAUGAACAGCGUUUCCUGUGUUGUGUUAGUGAAAUACUCUGACGGCUUCAUCACUCGCCCAGGUGGGUCAAGAAUGUAAACUGUUAGGGAACCCGAAGAUUCUGAUGGAUCAAAAACAUCCAAUUAUCAAAAUAACGUUUUCGUCUCCCGAGGAAAUGGACAAUUAUUGAGUCAGAAUCGUUUCAAUGUAAUUCUAGCAUACUGCAGGGCAUUAGAUUAUAGAUCAGAAUAUUUAUUUCAACCUAUCGAGGACUUCUGCUUGACAAACGACGAGAGGCCGUAUAAUGACCACCUUUGGAUUGAACUUAUACAGGAGAGUGGACUUGAUUUCAUGACCGUAAUUUUGACGAGAUUUAGAGAAUCAGAUAAAAAAAAAGAGGCUCGCCCGAAAGUUCAUUGAACAAAUCAAAGUUACCAAAGUUCUGUGUUCAAUUCAUAAAGUCUUGUCGGAAGCCAAGGCUAUUUUGACAACCUUUCUUCGUAGAGGGUAUUUGAAGAGUGUAAAUACGGAAAGUGUUUUGUUGUAUUUAAUUUACCUUGAUGGAGUGGAAAGUUUAUAAAUUGUCUCACAUGCAUAUUAGAGCAACUUUCAAUUGAGUGUCUAAAAUAAUCCUGUAUUGCGUUGGUUUUGCUUUCCUUUAUUGUAUGAUUGGCCUAGGAAACUCGCGCCAUUCUCUAAAUCAAUCAAAUUCAAAACUAAUCUAAAGGAGGCUUUCCCGCGCACGUUUCCCCGCGUACGUUUUCCCGCGCUUCAGACUUUCUACUUUAGUUUCUUUCUUCCUUUUUUCUGAAUGGCUGAUGCACUUACUUUGGUUUUACGACACUAAAUCGAAAAUUGCUCUAAACAAUUUAACGUCAGCACAAAAAUCUCAUUUUAAUGUAGCUCCAUUGUCGCCAAUUUCAAUGACGAGUUUAGAGCAACAACCAUUCGUCAGUCGUCAGCACAAUCUUUGGAGAAAUAGGCAGUCGAAUUUUCAUCCAACCUGUUUUUUAAAAUGUCACAACAGGUCAGUUGCAGCAAAGACAUAAGAUAGCUGUGUAACUUCAGUACAUGGGUAAAACUUGUUUAUCUCUUUUUAGUAAGAGGCAAUUUUGCUAAAUCUCUAUAUCUUUGUAAUCUAAAAAAAAAAAAAA